AUGGAAUCUAUCUAUCUAUCUAUCUAUCUAUCUAUCUAUCUAUCUAUCUAUCUAUCUCAGUCUAUUCAUAUCUAUCUAUUUAUCUCAGUCUAUUCAUAUCUAUCUAUCUAUCUAUCUAUCUAUCUAUCUAUCUAUCUAUCUAUGCGGGGGUCCUUUGUUAUUUUUGUUGUCCUUCUUGUUCUCGAUUCCACGGACCCUAAACCUCCUCCUCUUAUUCUAAUCUUUUUUUUUUUUUCUCUUUUUGGUUGUCUUUUUCUUUUGAUAAAACAUUUUCUUUCUUUCUUUCUUUCUUUCUUUCUUUCUUUCUUUCUUUCUUUCUUUCUUUUCACCGCUCCCACAUUUCCUUUCUUUUUCUUCCUUUGUGUCUUUCUUUUUUUCCUUAAACCCUUCCUUUUUUCAGUCUCCCUUCUUACUCUUCAUCCGCUUACUCCCACCACUCCUCCUUUUUCAAACUCAAAAGCGACCAAAUAUUUUUCAUUUAUGUAG